AUGAUAAAAUUUGCAAUAAAUGAUAAAAUUGUAAAUAUUUAGGCUUCUUGCAGGUGCGGUAGAUAAUUAAACAAAAGACUCUGAACUAAUGUAAUAGAAAUAAAUCAAUACUAACUAAAUAAAAGUGGUACGUUGAACAAUUAGUAAAUUAAUUUCUUUAAAAUAAUUUAUUUCGAUUCAAUAUUGUUUAAUAAAUUUGUAAAUAUUCGUAUCUGUCGUUUUAUUAUUUAUUUUAGAGAUUACGUCGAGUUCAAAUCGACUGCGGUUUGUCAAAUCUGUUCCUUUCUGUAAACGUCGUCAUUGCUUCUUCCGUGCGAAUGAAACAUUUUUAAAAUUUGUUUUAAUAACGCUCGAUAAUGCAGGUUCUACUUCAUUUAUGUAUAAAUUAUUAAGAAACAUUGGUGGAAUAUCUCUGGCGAGUCGUGAAAGCUACAGAUAUACAACAAUUAUUUUUCCAAGUUGCAAGCAAAUGCAAGAAAAUGUGCAUUUAUUGCAAUAUUAUAUAUUGAAAUGUCGACGGACGAUUGUAUCACGAACUUUAACGGAAGGAACUGAUUACCUAACUGGUUAUCGGGAUCUGGCGUUAAGAAAAUAUUUGAAAGUCUGUCGUUGCGAGAUAUGACGUCAACGUCAUUGCUAAAUUAGAGGACAUUCCAUUGGUGACUUGAUAAAAUAACGUACCAUUUAAAAUUCUAAUUCAUUAACUUCAUUCGCUGUGUGAGCAAACAAAAUAUGAAAUAUUGAGCAAGUAUUGAAGAGAAGGAGACUUUUAUUCUACAAUUAAUUAUAAAAAUAAUUCCUAUAAACCUAUAAUCGUGCAGAUACUAAUAACCCGGCUUCUUCGCAACAGCAUUCACGCCUAAAAAUAAAAUAAAAAAAGAGCGAAAUAUUGUCACUUAUGUUACAAUUAAACGUUGUAAAACAUUGCACGAACAAAACAUAAAGGAGUUAAUUACAAUCAAACGAUUGUGUGUACUGGAUCAAGAGAUAUAAGCUGGAAAAUCAGAUUACGAGAUCUUUGUUCGUUCCUUUUGCGUGGGAGGAAGCGUCAUCGCGACCGGAACACGGGUCCAUUAUGUUUCUUCUCACAACCGGGAAAUGACGACUGUGCCACCGUAGAAAAGAGGAGCAGAACCAGGAAGCUUCUCUCAUGAUCGUGACACACGCGUGCACUUGAUGUAACUGUAAUCGCUUAUCUGACAUAUUUUUGUACGUAUUCUAUGUGUCAUAAUCACACAUUCUGUCAACACGAGUGUCGAACGAAUGAUUUUGUUAACGUUACGUGCAUGGCAACGGAAAUGCUCGAAAAGGUUUUAUUCCGUACAGAUCUUUUUUUGGCAAAUUUUAGAAAUUUCCUUUCCCGGUGAAAAAUGCAUUUCACUUUCGUCCGAAAUUUCAAAGAAGUCUUAUUAAAUAAUUUAUACCCGAUGUACCUAAUUACUUCGUAUAAUAUUACAGUUACCUUUGAACUCGUGUCUCUUUU